AUUACUCACUCUGAAACAUACCUUUUCAUGGAACAACCAGUAAGAGCUCUUAACGAAACUUUGCGUGCAGAAAUGCGCAGGUUCCUUAAUGAAAUUCCUCCUGAUCAGAUUGAGAGAGAAAGUUUAAUUGUAAACCAAAAGGUAAUUGAGUCCGAACGAUAUCGAACAAGCAAACGUAUAAGUGUGUACAUUAGUAAGCAAAGGGCCGAAAUUUCAACAAAGUCUAUAAUAUAUGACAUAUUUAGUAAAGAGAAAUUAUGUUACGUUCCACGUUGGACUGGAGCUAGUAUGGAAAUGGUCAAACUCAAUUCUUUGCAAGAUUAUUUAUCACUUGAAGAUAGCGUGGAUGAAUUAGGGUUCCCAACGCUAGAUAAUCAAGAGAGAGAAAUUGCAACUCAAUUAGAUCUGAUUAUAAUACCUGGAAUGGCAUAUGACCUUGACGGAAAUAGACUUAGUUACAACAGAGAAGAUCCUUACAAUGAAUAUUUGGCGAAAUGUGAAAGAUGGAAAAGCCCACCAAAAAUUAUGGCCCUUGCUUUAGAUGGUCAAAUACUAAGAGAUGGAAAUGUUCCAGUAACUGAUGAAAAUCGAAAACCUCAUAUAAUUUUAUCACCAUCACAAGAUAUUUGG